AGGGUUUUUCCUCUUUCAUCUUCAAGUCUUCCCUUGCAUCCUUAAUUUGGCCCUACCCUAGGGUUAAAUAUUUCUUCAUCUAAAGGGAAAGCAUCAAGAAAAACCCUAAUAAUAAAUCAGAGUUAAUUUUGAUUGGUUCGAAUUAGGAUUAUCCAAACUCUUGCCCAAUAUGAAUUGGGCAAGAGUUUGGAUACGAUUUACAACAAUACUUAAUGUCAUAUAUGAUUUAAGUGACACCAUUGUUCUUAUGAUCGCGUCUCGUAUGGUAAGAGAUAGUGAUGAAAUCACACGUCGAGCGCCAUCAAGAAUCAUAUCAAAGGGAUUUUUAAUCUUAGAUGUGCUUUUGACCAUGAUGUAUAUAUUUAUCGGGGUAUUCAUUCUCAACAAGAGCAAAAAUGAAAUACCAACAAUGCCACUUCGGUUUUGGAUCGUUGUUUUCAUGUUCUAUUGUAUAUUCCAUAUCCUUUUCUCGAUCAUACAAUUUGAAGGCGGUCCAUGGUCACAAGCGGAAUCCAUAAUCUUCAAGGACUUGGAAUACAAAAAGAAUGUAUUAGGAAUAUUCUUAUGGGGAUUGGGAAUGUUUUUUAUGGUAAAAGGAGCCGAUCAAAUGUUCCUUGCUGCACCCAAACUCACAUGGAUACUCACCUUCUUCUUGUGCUUUGAUAUUGCCCUUGCAAUAUUUUGUAUACUCAUUUUGUUCGCGGUUUUGGUCACUUUUUGUGGUUGCAUCCCGAUACUUUAUGCAAUAUCCUACUACAAGCGCUAUCAACAAAAUCAACGACGUGUACAACUUCCACCCUGCCCAUGGUGUCACAAGUGAUUCUCAAGGAUUUUGUAACUUGAGGAAUACAAAUAUAUGGCAUUUUUGUAAUUCAAGAAACUCUUAAAACGACUCAUUCACUUUUGUAAAUGAUAAUAUCUUGGAGAUCAUAACUUUGAAACCCAAUUCCUAAUUCCAAACCCAAAGAACAAAAACGAAUGAUGUUUAACGAUGA